GUGUUAAGCAUGAAUAACAUGACAUAACAGGUCAGAGAGAUGCGAGCAUGUAGAUGAGCUCGCAGAGGAGGUUCGUCAUGGAAAAACACACAUCACCCCAAGAUCGAUCUGGCUGCAGAGGUCUAGCUGAGGUUCGGAGAGAAGGGGUCAGUGAUGCGCUCGAACGGAUUUGCCUGGCGGCAGUAGAAGCUGUUGUGCACUCCAGGUUCCAACAACAACACACAUGGCAGCAUUCAGGAGAGGGAUGGCUUCGAUUGUGUGAGGGGUAGAGUAAGUACAAUGGACUGAUGGGCGAGGCACUUUGUUAGUGAGCCAAUAUGUGGCAGAUCCACAUGUACGUGACCUAGGGGAAUUUUCAGAAUAGAUAAGGCCCAAUCUAGUGAAGGAAGUCUAAUUGCGAGCUAAUGUCUGAAAAUGACAAAAGAAGAAAAUGAACUAAUGGAUAAGCGCCAUUUUCGUAAAUAGCAAAAACUUUGGUGACAAACUCGUAAUUCUGGAGUGAACUAUUGGUGUUGACAUAAAUUUCCCUUAAUAAUUAUUUUAGAAAACAUAACAGCUCAAUGUUUUAGCAGUACAUUCGGAAAAGACAAAGCAGCAUGCGAUAAUAUGCUUAGCUAGCUCUUUUCACCAAAGGCUGUCUUCACAUAAGGACUCUGACACGGAUCUUGCCUCUCGAACUAGCCAGCUAUGGAUUAAUCUCUCAAUAUGCGGUACAGAUCCAGAGCAGCAAGAAGGGGAUCGGGAGAUGAGAGCCGGAGGUGGGAGGAGGAUACACGCCACAGGCGGCCGGGUCGGGGUUCACUUCUUUCGUGCCCCUCACACACACACACCAACCACGCGCUAUGUAGGGCAUGGCUGCUUCACUGGCUCCAGUCUAGACCGGCGUAGCGCUGGUUGGGCUGCUUGUUGCGCUGCGGCCUCGUAGGCUUCUCUUGGGCUGGCCCAUUUGGGUUGCUUGGUGUAGUUGUUCCCGUGACAGACUCCUUUUUUUAGUGUUACCAAAUCGACCGGCCGGUUACAAAUACAUAACCGACAACACGCAAUCCAAUGCCUUAUCUGCAACUAGCUUUGACACAGUAGAGUAGAUGAUACAUAUCUAAUACUCUCUCCGUCCCAAAUUAAUUGACUUAGAUUUAUCUAAAUAUGGAUGUAUCUAACACUAAAACGUAUCUAGAUACAUCAAUAUAUAGAAAAAUUUGAGUCAACUAACUUGGGGUGGAGGUACAUUUUUUUGCAGGAAAUAAAAGAAACCAUUAAUGGUGGAAAGUGCUACAAUCCUCACUCCAGGCCUCGGCAAUAUCCUGCGGUCCUGGGUAACAAUUGUCUGGUCACCACCAAUAUUCUUAAUUCUGUCAUCUCAUUCUCCCAAGUUCUCCCGAAUCUCAUGGACCAUAUGAGCAAGACUGGGCAUGUCGAUGGUCUUUGUUGACACCAUUGCUACCGUCCCCUGAACGUCUGAUUCUAUGCAGAUCGGUAGUUAGAAGAUCAGUCCAAUGAAGGGCCAGUUGCAGCCCUUCAUCAGAGACUGCCAGCUCGGCCUCAACUGAAAAGGACCCAGUACGCCGCGGAGAUCUUGUCACCAUUACAAUUUACAAUCCUGGAGCACCAUGCCAUUAGCUGUUUCUCGAUGCACUCCUCGUUGUUCUAAUAUAUUCUCCUGGUUAGUAGAAAUCAAGGUAACUUAUGUGACAUAUACACUCUGUGUUGGAACACGUCCUCACGCACGGCUCCAGGAGGCUGAGCCAGCCACGACCGGUUCUUCAGGCACGCUCAACAGCGCGUGCAUAUCGUGCGCUCCCACGAUCCCUUUGACUAGCUGAUCAUUGUACCUAACCACUCUCCGCUCCCUUGUAUCCCUCUCUCCUCGUGUAACUGUAUGAAUACCCCUGGAGAAAUGAAUGCAAGGUGUGUGCGUGAAUUAUCUUGUCCAGCUUGGUAUCAGACUUCUCCCGAUCCUCUCUCACGCUUCGGCCAUGAACCGCCUGCUCCGCCGCUCCCGCUCGGCUGACCUCGACUCUCCCAGUCCAGACGGCCGCCCCCUCUUCGCCUCGCCCGUGGUCCGCACCCCCUCCGCCACGGAUCGGGGCGAGGAGGACGUCGCUGCUGGCGCGCCCGCAGGCUCCUCUUCCUCUCAGGCGCGCGGGAUCCAGUUUCCCGGGGCGUCUGCCCCAACCGCGGCCCUCUCACGGCCGCCGGAGACCGCCCUGCGCACCGCUGGGAGCACCCCUGUGCCCCACCCUGCCGGCGCCCAGAUCCCGGCGCCCGACGCCGGCACUGCUGGCCCCUCGUCUUCUGCACCCGGGCUGCCCUCCUCCAUCGCCCACCUCUUCCAUCGCAAGCUCGACCUCGACGCGGGUAACUAUUCAAAGUGGCGCCAGCAUUUUUAUGUCAUCUGCAGUCGCCAUAACGUGCAGCACCACCUUGACGUCCCGGCCGACCCCCGCCGCCAGAGCGCCAUCUGGCGCAACGACGAUCUUACGAUCGUGCUGUGGAUGUACGAGGUCAUCGCCGAGGACCUCCAGGACGUCGUCAUGUCCCCCACGAGCACGGCGUACGACGUCUGGGUGCAGCUUCACAUGCUCUUCCGGGACAACACCCCGGGCCGCGCCAUCAUCCUCGAGGCGGAGUUCCACAAUCUGGUGCAGGGAGACAUGUCCGUCGCCGAGUACAAUCGCUGCCUGAAGACACACUCUGCCGCGCUCGGCAAGGUCGGCUUCCUCAUCACCGACCAGGCGCUCAACCUCCAACUCAUUUGCGGGCUCAGUCGCCGCUUCCAGGUCAUGGCAACCCUUCUGCCGAUGCAGAACCCCUUCCCUACCUUCGUCCAAGCCCGCUCGUGCCUGCUCAUGGAGGAGCUCUCCGCGAACAAACGCGCUCGGCUGGAUGGGCAGGGAUCGGGCGCGCCUACCGCUCUCGCCAUUGGCCCCGCUCCCGAUCGCGGCGUUGAUCGCGGCCCCGCUCCCUCUGGUGACAAGGGAAAGGGGCCCGUUUCUUCUCCAACUAGCGACACCCGCUCCCGUGGUCGUGGACGGCCGCGGCCGUGGCGCCCCGGCCUCUUCCGGCGCCGGCUCCUCCUCGGGCUCCCCCCCUCGCGCUGGGCGCGGCACUACCUCAACACCUGCCGCCCGCCCCUGGCUGGGGUACUUUGCGCCGUGGGACACUCCGUUCCCCCGGCAGCCCCCGCAACUCCACGCGCCUUGGUCCGCGCCGAACGCCGCUAUCGUCCUCGGGCCACGCCCUCCUCCACCACACCAGGCGUACCACGCCGCUGGGCCGUCCGCCGCUGUGGGCGGCCCCUCCUGGGAGCAGUACCACCAGCUGAACGCCGCCCUUCACAACCUGUCGCUGCAGCAGCAAGGCGGCGCCGCGCCCGAGUGGUUCCUCGACACGGGCGCCACCUCCCACGUCGCUGGACCUCGUGACCCGGCGCAUCCUGAUGAGGUCCAAUAGUCACGGUGCCUUGUACCCGUUCUUCAGCAACGUCAACGUGCAGCAUGCGCUCACCAGCGACCACAACCUAUGGCAUGUUCGCUUAGGCCAUCCCAACAAUAAAUCUAUUUCCCUUUUAGCCAAAUAUUUCUUGCCAUCUUGUAAUAAUGACACGCCCAUUAUGAGCGCUUUAUGUUCGGCCUAUCAAUUAGGAAAGCAGCCUCGUCUGCCA